AUGUGUAUGACCGUCUUUGCGCUCAUCAUUAUCAAUAAGGCUGGGGGCCUCAUCCUCAAUCGCACCUUUCAUGAAGGGGGCCUCAACCAACUCAGUACAAACGACUAUCUGGUCCUUGCUGGCACUUUCCAUGGAGUGCACGCUAUUACAGCCCGUCUCGACCCCCUGAAGAACCAGAUCUCAGCUACGCCUACGGCUCCAGGCGGGAUACCGAGUCGGCCAGAACCCCCUUCUGGCCUUGAGGUCAUGGAGACGGAGAACUUCCGACUUCAAUGCUUCAACACCCUGACAGGAACCAAGUUCCUCCUCUUCACCGACACCACCCAGGUCAACGUCGACGUGACCAUGCGGAGGAUAUACGACUUGUAUAGCGACUAUGUUAUGAAGAACCCCUUUUACCAGACGGAGAUGCCGAUUCGCUGUGAGACGUUUGACAGGAAGUUGUUGUCGUAUAUUAGGGAGAUCAACAACAACCGGUGAGGACAUCAUAGCGCGAGACCAGGCCCAGUCAGGCGUUGGCGGAGGCGGAAAGGAAACGGGGUGAUUCCAAACUAAACCUCUUUUCUUACACAAACUCAUGACAAUUGAUCUUCGGCGUUGAUAGUCCCGCUGUGCGGGAGUUGCGAGUUGAAAGAAAACUCUCGCUGGAAGCACGUUUCGUGCAUUAAUCGGCGUUGGGGAACUUAAAUCAUUAAAGCCAUCCAUUUCCCUGUCUCUGCAAGCCGGAGUGCAACCCCUC